CCUGAGCCGCACCCGCCGCGGACGGAGCCCAUGCGCGGGCCCAGCCGGCGCCGGUCCGCGCCCCCGCCCUGCCCCGGCCCCGGCCCCGGGGGCAGUCGCUCCAGCAAGCGGUGGGGCAGGAGCUCCUGGAGUGACAGUCCCUAUAGAAGCGAUGACAGAAUACAAGCUUGUGGUGGUGGGUGCUGGAGGCGUGGGAAAGAGUGCCCUGACCAUCCAGCUGAUCCAGAACCAUUUUGUGGACGAGUAUGACCCCACCAUAGAGGACUCCUAUCGGAAACAGGUGGUCAUUGAUGGGGAGACAUGUCUGCUGGACAUCUUAGACACAGCAGGUCAAGAGGAGUAUAGUGCCAUGCGGGACCAGUACAUGCGCACAGGGGAGGGUUUCCUCUGUGUGUUUGCCAUCAACAACACCAAGUCCUUUGAAGACAUCCAUCAGUACAGGGAGCAGAUCAAGCGGGUGAAGGACUCAGACGAUGUGCCAAUGGUGCUGGUGGGGAACAAGUGUGACCUGGCCGCUCGUACUGUUGAGUCGCGGCAGGCCCAGGACCUUGCCCGCAGCUAUGGCAUCCCCUACAUUGAAACAUCAGCCAAGACCCGGCAGGGCAGCCGCUCUGGCUCUGGCUCCAGCUCCGGGACCCUCUGGGACCCCCCGGGACCCAUGUGACCCAGCGGCCCCCAUGCUGGUGUAGAGGAUGCCUUCUACACACUCGUCCGUGAGAUUCGGCAGCACAAACUGCGGAAGCUGAACCCGCCCGAUGAGAGCGGCCCCGGCUGCAUGAGCUGCAAGUGUGUGCUGU